AUUGGUCGGUACUUUAAUACUUGUAACUUAUAAGGUUAAUCAGGUUUGGUUAGGAAUCUCAGUUGGCGGGCAUUGUCAUUCGUAGUGUCAAAGCAUAUCUGAUUUUUCAUUAUUUAAUUAUUAUGUAGUCUUAUUUGUGUAAUAAAUAAAUUUGUUAUAUUUAGUAUAGAGUAUACAAUCUUCUUAUUUAUUUAAUUUAACGUUUCACUACGAAGAAGCGAUAUAAUUAUUUGUAAUUUUUUAUUUCGUUGCUCGCAUUCGUUUGAAACAUUUGCACAAUGGAGAGAGCCCUACGCAAAACACGUCAGACAAAAAGAAUAAUUGAGAUAAGCGAUUCUGAUGAUGAUUCUGAUAAAGGUUUGAGCGAUGACAAUUAUGUUCCUACAGCGAAAGUAGCCAAAAGAAAGCAAAGUAAGAAAAAGGCUCCAACUGUAAAGAAAGAUACAAAGGCAGACAGUAAAAAGCGAAAGGAUAGUACCAGUGAGCCACCCGAGAGAAAGAAACAAAAAGCGAUAAAGCAUGAAAAUGAGAAUGUAAAAACAGAGAUUGUUGAGGAUGCUGAAGAAUCAAUUGAUUCAAAGAAACAAGUACGGAAAGGUAGGAAUUCAAAAAGUAAAAAAGAAAAAGUAGAGAGCUCCGACAAGGAGAACAUUAAAGAUACGAUAAAAGAUGUAGAUCAAUUAAGGUUCGAUGAUGUCCAAUGCAGCGAUUGGACCGACGUAGAUUAUGUGAGCGAGGUAAACAAUAUCGACAGGCAUGUAGCCGAGAAUGUGAUAAAGCUUUUCAAUGAUGAUAAUACAAUUCCAUUUAUCGCAAGAUAUAGAAAGAACAUGACUGGUGGUAUGGAACCAGAUACGUUGAGAGCAUUGAAAGAAAGUUUUGAUCAGGCUAAAGCGAUUAAACGUCGAGCCGCUUCUAUAUUAAAAAGUAUCGAUAAAUUAGGGCAAUGGACGCCUAAUAUACAUUCUGUUAUUUCAUCCGCGAAAUGCUUGGAGGAUUUGGAACAUAUUUAUUCAUUUUUCAAGCCUGCUUCUAAAAAAUCCUUGGCAGACAGAGCAAGAGAUUUAGGUUUAGGGCCUGUCAGCGAUGCCGUAUUACAAGGUCAGGCCCUACCAGAGUUGGCAUCUCUCGUUAAUCCUAAAAAGGUUGGCUUGAAGUCUGAAGAAAAGAUCAAAGAAGGUAUCACACAUAUAAUAGGAGACAUAAUAAAUAAGGAUAAAACGGUAUUCGAUACAGUUAAAGAGCUUCAAAGCGCGUCUGUCAUAAAAAUACAAACGUCUGAAUGUAAAUCAAAGAAGUCUUCUGAUAGCAAAGAAAAAGAUGUUAACAGGAAGUACGAGAUGUAUUACGAUUUCAAUGGGACGAAUAUGAGCAUUAGGCCUCAUCAAAUAUUAGCCAUCAAUAGAGGAGAAGCGCAAAAGAUUCUCAACGUAAAAGUAAUCUUGCCCGACUUUCUCGAGAAAACAUUUAAAAAACACUGUUGUACGCAAUAUAGAAAAGCCAUGUCGUCUGAAUUGCACGUUACGCUGAUGAACGAAAGCAUCGACUAUGCUUACGGGAAAUUUAUCAAACCUUUAAUAGUUCGUCGCGUUCGAAGCGAAUUGAAACAAAAGGCAGAGGCAGCAUCCAUAGAAGUAUUCGUAACUAACGUGAAACAAUUGCUUCUGACUCCACCCGUACGAGGGAAGAUCAUCCUCGGCAUAGAUCCAGGAUUCACUCACGGCUGUAAGCUCGCUGUGAUUUCUGAACAUGGAAAUGUACUCGAAACGAGCGUAAUAUAUCCUCAUAAGAAUACGGAGAACUCGUACGAACAAUCUGCUAACACUUUAACAAGUUUAGUAAAGAAGCAUAAAUGUACAAUUUUCGCAUUGGGCAAUGCCACCGCGUGCAGAGAAACCGAAGCGUUCUUAAACAGCUUGAUCAAGUCUAAAGCAUUCGAUCCGAUAGAUGUUUCGUAUACGAUAGUGGACGAGGCGGGAGCAUCUAUUUAUAGUUGCAGUACAAAAGCAAAAUCCGAGUUCCCAGACCUCGACACCAACCUAAUUUCCGCUGUUUCGAUAGCGAGACGUCUACAAGACCCACUCGCAGAGUUAGUCAAAGUAGAGCCUAAACAUUUAGGGGUGGGAAUGUAUCAACACGACCUGCCAGAGAAGGAGUUAAUAGCAGCGUUAGACGAAGUGGUUUCGGAGGCUGUGAGUUUUGUAGGGGUUGAUGUGAACACUGCGUCCCAGUACCUUCUAAAAAGGGUUGCAGGUUUAAACGCAUCCAGAGCGAACGGUAUUAUAGAAUGGAGAACUAAAUUUGGCGCAUUCAGGAACAGACAACAGUUAUUGGACGUGAAAGGCAUUGGGACCAAGUCGUUCGAACAAUGCGCGGGAUUUAUCAGAGUAUUGCCAGAAACUUCGAUGACCGAUACUUCCGCGAAAACCAAAAGCGCUAAGGAUCUCAAGCACGCUCCGAAUUUGUUGGAUCAGACUUGGAUCCAUCCUGAAUCCUAUGAAAUAGCUCAACGAUUUUUGGAGUACUGCGAGUGCAACUUGGCUGACCUAGGGUCGAAUUCGUUCAUUGAUAAAAUAGUAUCGCGUGAGAAAGAGGGAUGCGCAGCGUUAGCUGCCAAGUUUGGUACGGAUGAGACCACGAUGGAGAUAAUAGUCAAGGGUCUGUCCAUGAAGAAGGACGAAGACAUAAGAUUAAAGACCAAUUACCCGCUGUUUCGAAACAGUAUGCUUAGUAUUAAUGACAUAAGAACUGGAACAAUGUUAACAGGUGCUGUGCGAAAUGUUACGCAUUUUGGAGCGUUCGUGGACGUAGGGGUGGGCAGGGAUGGACUCGUACCCUCGAGAUUUAUGAAUAAUAAUACAAUUACAAUAGGUCAGCGCGUAGAGGUGAAGGUGCGCGAGGUGGACCUCAGUCGAAACAGAAUCAGCUUGGAAUUGAUGAAGGCUUUAUAACGUGUUUGAAAAUAUAUUUUAAUAAUGC